AUGAAUCCCAAGGAUCCGAUGGUUCCUAUUCCUUAUUCUUUGGACGCUGUCGAAGCCCUCUGCUCGUACUGGAAUGUGCCGUAUAACUACGUGCCCAGACACGAGGCUCCAUACACUUGUAACGCAACCUUCUCCCCGGUAAUAGGAGACGAGACUUGGAAAGGCCUUGUCAUCUACUUCACCUACAAUGCGUUGUUGAUAACGUAUGAUAGCGCUAAUCAUCGAACGUUCGGCAUCUAUCUACCAGAAGUUGAAGCAGAUGCGAAACGCAUCGUGCGACGUAUCGAACGCCUCCCUAAUUUUGCAUUCAACCCACUGUUUGCACCAGUCAUCAUAGCUGGAAUCUCGGUUCACGAUGUGGUAAGGCAAUCUGCCGAAAGCUUUGCGGCAGGUAUUCACAUGGAGUCGGCUAUGGGAUAUUGGUCAUCAGAGUCAGAAAGCCUUGUGGAGAAAGACUUAAACUUUACACAGAUGAUAAAGUCUUUGAACACACUCUCGAUUGAAGUUGCCAACACAGAGUAUAUCCAAACCAAGACGAUAUGUGCCCUGGAUUUUCUGAAUGAGCUUCUCUUAGUAUGGCCCAAAGAACCUGGUGCUCUUAUUGGUAUUGAGUUACAGGAGCAAGUCAGAUGGUUACUGCAACUCACUCGGGAUUGGAUGGCUGCAUCCAAACGAACAAAGGACAGUGUUCAGUCACUGACACAAACUAUAUACGCGACCCUUCAGCAAAGAGACAACCAGCUCAACCAUCGCUACGGUGCCGACAUGAGACUGAUUACCGCAAUCACUCUCAUCUUCCUUCCCGGAACUUUCGUCGCAACCUUCUUCAGUACGACAUUCUGGGAUUUCUCUCCUGAUAACAGAGGCGCGAAAGUGACCUAUUGGAUAUAUUUGUACUUUGUAGCCACAAUCGGGCUGACGUUCCUGGUGCUCUUCGCAUGGAGGAAGUUCAGUGUUCUCAAACGAUCGGCUGCGAAUAUGGGACAAUUAGUACAGCGAAUACCUUUGUUGGGGAGGCUGAUGACGAAGAAGCGGAUGGAUGAUGAAGAGCUGGGAAAGAAGGGCGAUUGA